AUAUAUAAAGAAGAAUUAUUUUCAUCAUUUUAACAUAUCUGGUCCUGUAGUUGUUGGUUGAAGAAAGAGAAAAUGGACGCCAUAGAUUCAGUCUUCGAUCCUCUCAGAGAGUUCGCCAAGGACAGCGUGCGCCUCGUCAAGCGCUGCCACAAGCCCGAUCGCAAAGAAUUCACCAAGGUCGCGUUCCGUACGGCGAUUGGAUUCGUUGUGAUGGGGUUCGUUGGCUUCUUUGUGAAGCUGAUCUUCAUCCCCAUCAACAAUAUUAUCGUCGGAUCUAGCUAGUUCUGUUAAAUCUGCAGGUCAUUUACAGAGGUGCAAGAAGGAAGUUGUCAGUAAACAUCUAAGUGGAAGAAGAUCUAACUGCCCAGUGCUUUAUAAUGUCGUAAAACUUUGGUGUUCGUUUUUCUGUAAGCUGGUUGAACUGAUACUGUUUAGAAUUGUAGUCACUCUGUCGUCUAGUUUCUUACUUUGUAGUUGACUAUUUAUUAUUUAAUCAUUUUAUAUCGAAUUGGCAGAAAAUAGCAAGUUUUCUGUUGUUGU